CAACCCACCUCGACACGCGCCUUGUGCACUCGCCAGCUUAGGUAGCGGCUUGAUUAAUGACAGAGCUCCACGACGCGCUGCAUGCACUUUUUUGCUCCGUCCAACAUUGUCAUGGUCAUUUGUCGGAAGGCUUUCCUACCCUCAUACGUCCGACACAGCAGCAAACAAGGAAGCCGUCCCUCAAAUUGUCUGACAACACCCUCGGCAGAAGGCUUCGGUCCUGCUUCACACAAACAUGGAGGACGACUUUGGUGCCGACGAAGCCUUCCUCGCAGCCCUCGCAUCAUCGACCCAGGCCCCUUCACACCCCCCAGCCCAGCCGCCUCGUCCUCGUGUCCAGCAACCGACUCCCCAAAAGGUCCAACAGCCGACACCACAACGUCUAGACAGAGCACCGCCAGCCAAUGCCUCUUCUAGCGGCAAGAUUGUUCAGCCGACGCCGCAGCCUCUUCCUCAGCGAGGAUCCGGAUCCGCCAUUCUCGUGUCUCCUCGCCAAAGGGGCAACCCGGUGCUUGCUUCUUUGAAAUCAAUGCCAUGGGAGUACAGCGAUAUUGCGGCUGACUACGGUCUCGGUCUGACAACGUGCGCGUUAUUUUUGAGUCUUAAGUAUCACCGCCUCCACCCCGAAUACAUCUACACGAGAAUACGGAACCUGCAGGGAAAAUACAACCUGCGCAUCAUGCUAACCAUGGUUGACAUCCCCAACCACGAGGAGGUCUUGCGCGAGCUUUCCAAGACGUCACUAGUCAACAAUGUCACCAUCAUUCUUUGUUGGUCGGCUGCCGAGGCCGCGCGCUACCUCGAACUAUACAAGUCGUACGAGCAUGCCAAUUUCAACGCCAUCCGCGGCCAACAAGCUUCGACAUAUGCUGAGAAGCUUGUCGAGUUCGUUACUGUCCCGAGGAGUGUGAACAAGUCAGACGCCGUUGCCCUGGUCAGCAAUUUUGGCAGCCUGAAAAACGCCAUCAACGCGGAUCCCGAACAGAUUGGAAUCAUUGCCGGAUGGGGAGCUGUCAAGGUCAACAAAUGGGUCAAAGCUGUUGAGGAGCCCUUCCGGGCCAAAACCUCUGCCAAACGGCACCUGGAGCGAACAGAGAGCACCGAGGAGGGAAGACCAGCUCGGCUGUCGAGGUUGGACCAGGCCGUGCCUCUCAGCAGGGUCCCGCUGCGAGAAAUGGGGUCCAUGGGAGGUACACAACGAGCCCCUCCCGCCACUGUAAAGCCGGCAAGUAAGCAGGCACAGCGGCCGGCGCAGCUGGAAAGGGGAAACCCGGACCUAGAUGAAGACGAUGAAGAAGCAAUGAUUGCCGCCGCCAUUGAAGAAUCGAUGCGGGCUUCUGAUGGGCAAACAGAUGCACGGACGCAGGAGCAGGCGGAGAAUGUUGACAACGGAGGUCCCGAGGGCGAAUCACUUCCUGGCGGAGUUGCUGCCGCACUCGCCAAACUGCGAAAACAGGGCUGAUUCAUCAUCCCCUUGGUGUAGUGCACUGCUUGGUAAACCACACAUUUUAUUCUUGGGGAGAUAUGGGCCGAAGCUUAAUCAAGUUUUGCGAAGUCGGCCCGCAUCUCGAGACGGCUCCCUACCGCAUAUCGCGAAGCUCACUUGCCUCGGAAACCGAAAACAGGAAGGAGGCCAUGACUCGGUCCGGUCUAUGAAGUGAUGCAUAAACACAGCAUCAGGUGAGCAACCGAGUCGAAGGACAAGUUAAACUUUCCAACUGCUCGGGAGAAAAAAACAAAGGGGGGAAGUGGGAAAGAGAACCUUGAAACCGAUUAUUAUUGAGUCAACAAGCCUUGGGAAGUGUCACUACGAGAUGAAUCACCCGUUCACAAGGAUAUGAACUCAAAAGUUGGGACAUGUCGUCUUCGCUGCGAGUUACAACCUGGCAUCAUCUUUCGCUAUCCUUCAACGUUUAAUCGAAUUGUCGGAGCCCUUUUUUUUU